AUGAACAACGUCCACUUCCCAGUUCAAGUCGUGGCUUUAUUUCGACGUCUCAUCAAUGUCAUGGCUACCUUUUCAUUGUCUAACCAGUACCUCAUAUCGAGAGUCAGAGCCGAAGAUACCCCCAGUCACACACCCGAAUCAUCGCCUCUAAAAUUAUCCCCUCCUGAUUCGAAAGUGACAUCUGAGUCUCAUACCACCGCUCUUGACACAUCUUCUAUCAAUUCCAACUUGCCGCAGGGGAAAUUACCGCCUCAAGAACCAUCCGAGGGUGAUUCCACUGAUACCAUUCAUCGCUUACUGCGAAAUCCAACACUGUAUGACCCAAUCAGAGCCCCUAGGUUUCCGAUUGUCCUCUGCCACGGGCUAUACGGAUUCGAUGUGCGAGGUCCUGCCGCAUUUCCCAGUCUCCGAAUGCACUACUGGGCCAAUGUCCUCAACAUUCUCAAGAAGAAGGUUGGAGCAGACGUUAUUGUUACAGCGGUACCCGGAACGGGUUCCAUAGCGUCGAGGGCAGAAAACCUUGAUCGGUUACUCCAAGAGAAGGCUAGAGGACGAGGCGUCAAUCUCAUGGCUCAUUCCAUGGGAGGUCUCGAUUGUCGCCAUCUCAUUACACACGUGCAGCCAAGUGAAUAUAUCCCAUUAUCCCUGACAACAAUCAGUACUCCCCAUAGAGGAAGUCCCUUCAUGGACUGGUGUGCGGCAAAUAUCGGCCUCGGAAGACGACCUCAGGAAGAAAUAUUCAAGAAAACGACCGAGAUUAAGGAGCAGUCUAUGUCGGAAAAGGGGACGAGCACUGAGAAGCGCGAGACUUCAUUCUCCUUGUCACUGGCUUCUCUGCCAUCUUCUUUCACGACGCUCUUGUUGUCCAUCCUGGACUCGCCUGCAUAUGCCAACUUGACAUCUUCCUACCUCAACAACGUGUUCAAUCCAGCCACCCCUGAUGAUCCACGUGUCAAGUAUUUCAGUGUCACCGGACGUAUCGCCGACAUGAGCAUUUGGCACCCGCUUUGUCUCCCAAAGAUGGUGCUCGAUGAGUUGGAACAAGAUGCAAAGGAGCGUCUCAAGCGGCAACACGCCAACUCAGGGGCUAUAAGUCCACCUCUGACAUGGGAGCAUGACGACCAGUGGGGAAACGACGGCCUCGUAACCGUGCAGAGCGCAAGGUGGGGUGAAUUUCUCGGGAUAAUGGAGGGCUGCGAUCACUGGGAGAUCAGAGGUGCCCGGGGGUUGGAAUUCAAUGUCGACUUGCCGUCUGUGCCCUUGACGAGCUUAGCGGGUCGCGUCGGUGCAGAUGGGUGGGCGUUCGGCGACUGGUCGAAGUUUAUUCGGGCGUGGAAGAAGCAAGAGAAUGGGUAUGAGCUUGCUGGUGCUGGUGGAUCUUCGAUGUCGUCAUCGAAUCCGAGAGUCUCCCGAGGGACUAGGGAAGAGAUGCGCAAGGAGGGAGAAAGUGACCCCGUUGUGAAAGCGUCGACGGAUAAGCUCUCGGCCGUGUUCGAUUGGAUCAUCGAUCAGGUCCCAUCGACGAGCAAGUCGUCUCGCCCUGGAGACACUUCAGAGAAGCAUAAGGUCAAGAAGUCUGACAAGCACGAACUGGCCUCCAAGUUGGAUUUGGAGAGAUUUUAUGUUGCAUUAUCCCGGAAGUUGUAUGACGAGGGGUUGUAGAUCAAUAUCGAAUGUAGUCUAUUCUAUUAUAUUGAAGACGUAGCUCUGCAAAUUCACCGCACAAGUCGACCUAGCAGUCGCAGUUAGGGUAGGCAAGUACUAUAGAUCUCUUUCAUCCGUGCUAAAACAUAUAGUGACAUUCCCAUCACCUAUUGUGAGGAGAUUC